AACGAAUGAAAGCUCACAAACUACCAAAGAUCACGGGGGUCGGGGCCUGUUCCCGAGGGAGCCGUAUAUCCUCCGUCUCGGGCUCGUCAGAGUCGUGAAAGAAGAAACAGGAUUCUGCUAGUCCGUGGCAACAUCAUGUCGGCGGACACCAAAAUCGCAGAGCUUUUAACAGAGCUCCAUCAACUCAUCAAGCAGACGCAGGAGGAGCGGUCGCGCAGUGAACACAACCUGCUCAACAUCCAGAAAACACAUGAGAGGAUGCAGACUGAGAACAAGACCUCCCCUUACUACCGGACUAAGCUGAGGGGACUCUACACCACAGCCAGAGCAGACGCUGAGGCAGAGUGCAGUAUUCUUCGUCAUGCUCUCGACAAAAUUGCAGAGAUCAAAUCCUUAUUGGAGGAGAGGCGAAUAGCGGCUAAGAUGGCAGGGGUGAACAGCGACAAUGACCCCCCCAGGAAGACCAUGCGGAGGGGGGUGCUGAUGACACUGCUCCAACAGUCAGCCAUGACGCUCCCGCUGUGGAUUGGCAAGCCAGGAGACAGUCCUCCUCCCCUGUGUGGGGCGAUGCCAGCCAACAGUGACUACGUGGCCAAGCAAGGGGACAAGGUUGCAGCGCGGGUCAAGGCCGUGGACGGAGACGAACAGUGGAUCCUGGCCGAGGUGGUCAGCUACAGCCACUCCACCAACAAGUACGAAGUGGAUGACAUUGAUGAGGAAGGAAAAGAGAGACACACACUGAGCAGGCGGCGUAUCAUCCCCCUGCCCCAGUGGAAGGCCAACCCAGAGACGGACCCGGAGGCCCUGUUCAGUAAAGACCAGCUAGUGCUGGCCCUCUACCCCCAGACCACCUGCUUCUACAGAGCCCUCAUCCACACACACCCACACCGGCCCCAGGACGACUACUCAGUGCUGUUUGAGGACACGUCGUACGCAGACGGCUACUCCCCGCCCCUCAACGUAGCUCAGAGAUACGUGGUGGCCUGCAAAGAGAACAAAAAGAAGUAAAGAAGAGACUGAUGAAGAAAGAGAGGAGUCAGGAGAAAUCAAGGGGACUGUGACUGAAGAUACUGUAUUUUUGUCAGACUUGACAAGUACACUGUGUAGACAAGUGUUCCUAGACAAGUGUUUCCAACUACCCCCCUCUCCAGAAUAACAAUGGAUUCCAUACCUUAACCACACGUAUGGACACACUGAGGGCGCGUUUCAAAUAAAAUAACAUCAAAUGAAACUUU